CAAUCACAGCACACCCCUUUUGCCAUGUGACACAGUUUCCCCAGCUGUUUAAAGGCAGCUGGUGGCUGUGUUUUCCUGGGUUGUAAUUAAACUGAGUUUGGAGAGUUCUUUGUGAGGCUGAAGAAUGGAUCGUGUCCUGUCUGCAACUGGUCUGAAUAUCCAGCGUGGAGAUGGCCUUCAACUGUGUGGGAAGUUGUUGCCAGAGGCCAAGGAUUUUCAUGUGGAUCUGGGCGAAGACUCUGUCAACUUCAUGCUUCACUUCAGUCUGCGCUUUGACAGCCAUGGCGAUAGGGACACCGUUAUCUGCUGCUUCAAGCAGAAAGGGCUUUUUGGAGCAGAGGAACAAAGAGCACACUUCCCUAUCCAAAGAGGGCAAGACCUCAAGGCCACCUUCACCUUUGGUACUCCUGAAUUGAAGGUGAAAGUGGAAGAACCUGUCGAGAUGAGAAAAAGGGAAGACACUCCUAUGAUGGAGAAAGCGGAAAAAGGCUCCUGCAUGGAGCAGAAAACACCAGAUGCUCCUGUGACCCAUCACCACAGCCAGUGGGAGAUGGAGAUGGUCUUCCCCAACCGACUGGUCGUAAAACCCAUCCAGGAUCUUGUGGUGAAGGGAGACUUCAAAUUCCAAGGGCUCAGGAUCCUGUCUCUUUAAUCAUACUAUAUAACUGAAUAAACUCAAAUGUUACUUCAACCACCCACUGAA